AUUGCCAUUCCAGUCAAUGAUUGAGUCUCGCUGUCAGCAAGUCGCUGAGUUCAGGUGCGGUCGUCACUCUAAUCAAGCAAGAUAAUAAAGAACUGGAAACAAACACAAAAUGCUCGGACUUCUGCUAAUUUCGUUGGUUUUAAUCACGGUUAUCUGGUUUGCACUCACGGUUACAAGCAACAUUCGACUGACACGUGAACUGCAACGCAAACUUCCGACCUUUCGAAGUGUUCCCUCGGUACCGAUAUUCGGCAAUGCACAUCUCUACCGACCGGAUGUUACUCCGCCCGGAUUGUUCAAAACGCUCACUAGCUUUCAUCGUCGUUUCGGGAAUGAUUUGAUCGCGCAAUCGUUUCUUAAUAAACCGGGGCUUCAAGUGACCAGCGCGACAAUUGUGGAACAAGUUAUUAACGCCAAAACCAUUAGGAAGUCGCUUAUCUACGACUUUGUAAAGCCAUGGCUGAACGAAGGUUUGAUUACCGCAGUGGGUAAGAAGUGGGCACAGCGUAGGAAGAUAAUUACACCUGCGUUUCAUUUUAAAAUGCUGGAAGAGUUUUUGGCAAUAUUCAACGAAAAAGCCGAGCUUUUCGUUUCGAAACUGAAUCGGCACCUGAACAAGGGAGAUUUCAACAUUUACGAGCACGUUUCUCUUUGUACUCUGGAUAUUAUUUCCGAGUCUGCUAUGGGUGUAAAAAUAAAUGCCCUGGAUGAUCCGGAUUCACCGUACGUCAAGGCUGUUAAGCAAAUGUCCAAUAUAAUUUUUAUGCGAUUGUUCAGUUUGUUCAGAGAAUUUAAAAUUGUCUUCCAUCUGAGCAAAGCUGUUCAUCGUCAGAAAUCUGCCCUGGCGGUUCUUCAUGGCUUCACGGAUACGGUUAUUCGUGAACGCAAAGCUCAGCUUGAAAAUGACUACGCACGCGAAUCAACCUUGCAACAGCUGGAGGAAACUGAUAUCUAUGGUAAGAGAAAAAUGACUCUUCUCGAGCUUCUGCUUAACAUUUCGGUAAAUAACCAACCAUUGAGCAAUUCCGACAUCCGAGAAGAAGUGGAUACUUUUAUGUUUGCUGGACAUGAUACUACGACAUCAUGCAUCAGUUUUAGUGCUUAUCACAUCGCUGAGAACCCGAUGGUUCAGGAGAAGUUGUACGAUGAAAUGGUGCAUGUGCUAGGAAAGGAUUUCAAAAAUUCCAAAUUGACAUUCGGUGCACUGCAGGACUUAAAAUAUUUGGAAAUGACCAUUAAAGAGGUGCUUAGAAUACAUCCCUCCGUUCCAAUUAUAGGCAGAAAAACAACCGGUGAUCUGGUUAUAAACGGUCAGACACUUCCUGCCGGCGUUGAUAUUGCUGUACUCAUCUAUGCCAUGCAUAACAAUCCGGAGGUAUUCCCAGAACCUGAGCAAUUCGACCCAGAAAGAUUUAACGAAGAGAACAGUAGUAAGCGACACCCUUACUCUUAUAUACCCUUUAGUGCCGGCUCCAGGAAUUGCGUAGGGCAGAAAUAUGCAAUGUUAGAGAUUAAAACUACUCUCGUAAAGUUGUUAGCAAACUAUCGUUUACUACCGUGUGAUCCCGUAAACAAGGUACGCAUAAUGACCGAUAUGACGCUCCGUCCGGUAAAUGGAACCUUUGUUAAAAUCGAACCACGUCAUAUACAAGCAUUAACAAUAUAAAUAUGAAAAAAUGAGCUUCACAGUUUGUCAUGUCGCAUACAGAUAAGGCCUUCAAUAAAAAAUGGUUGAAGAAAAAGUUUCA